CGGCUGGGGCGGCGGCGGCGGCAAAAAUGACUUGGGCAAAAUGGGCGGACAAGCUCUCCCUUGGGAAUACGAUCCAGAGCUCGAAGGAAAAUUGAACACCAAGCCCAGCGAAAAGUUUCCCCCAAUCCCUCCACCGACAGCAGACCCGCCAACCCCCUAUGAACGCUCCUUGGUCCACCACUACCGCACGCUUCGCGCCCGCAUCCACGAUGGCCCAUUCUACGCUAUUCUAUCCUCUUCCGCGCGCGUCCACAAGUCUGGCAAAAAGUCCCCUCCUCAAGCCCACUACGAUCCCUUCGAAAGCAUGCCCACCUACUCCCAACGCUACACGAAAAGAAAAAACACCUUGCCUCGGUUAUCAGGAAGACCGUUUGUGAAGAGUUAUUUCCCGGAGGAAUUGUGGGCGGUGAUUGAGCCUGGGAGUGUGGGGGUGCAAGGGCAGAGGAAGAUGUUGAGUUUGAGCACGAGGACGAAAUUGGAUAAAUUUGAUGUGGAUGGGGAGGAUGAGGAUGAGGAGGGAGAGGAAGGUGGGGAGGAUGGGGAUAAGGUUGACGGGGUGGAGGAUGAGGAUAAGGAGGAGGAGGAUCCGGAUCAGUUUGAUGAGGAGGAUGAGGAUGAUAAUGAUGAUUAUAAUGCAGAGCAGUACUUUGAUGGUGGUGAUGAUGAUGAGAUGGGGGAUGAAGGUGGUGGUGAUGAUGAUUAUUAGUCUCGUCUCUUUUUUGCUUCUAUACCCUUCUUGUCAUCAAUUAUCAAAGGGAAGGUUCUUGCUUUAUUACAAUGCUGUCCCAAACACCAUCAAUGCAUCAAUUCAUAACUUCGUCACCCAUGACCUUCUCUCGACUCGAGUCAAGUGCCCUUAGGCUUCCUAACAACCACCACACCAUCCUCCCUCAAAACCCAACCCACUUUGUCCCUCUCAACCAAUUCCUCCCACCCUCUAUCAGCACUCCUCUCCACAAACCCCUUAUCCACCAUCAUAUACCCCCUCCCCAAACACUUCAACGCAUGCAACCUCACCCCCUCCUCAGCCCAACUCAUCAAACACCUCUGAUAGCCAUCCACCGCCCUCCUCAUCCUCCAAAACACCACCCAAUCAUCAUGAACCAACGCCUUUACCACUUUAUCAACUUUCCCAUCUCUGAUUCCAAAACACCUUUUCAAGCGAUAUGCAUCCACAAAAUCACCUUGUCUGCACA